GCCUGUUGUAUUGGUUCAAACUACAGAAAUGUUUAUCAAAUCAUUCCAAAAAAUUAUAUACUAUUAUUUUGCUAGGACUUCAGCAAAAGAGUGAAAUCUCAAUUCCUAAUCUCAAUAAUAAAGUUCAUAUGAAAGAUAUAAUUCGGGUUCUCACAUAUAUGACUAAAGCAACAUUAUUUCCUGACAUCAUGUGCAGUGCAUUCUCAUGGGUGUGCGUAAUAAUGUAUAUUAUUGUCUGGAUUUCAUAUGUGAAUGCUAAAUACUAAAAACGUGGGAAACUAACACUGGCUUUUUGUUUUUAGGAAACCUUUGUAACUAAAAUGACAUUAACUCCAGGCUUCUGUCCACAGAUUAAAUGAACCGCCCUGCUCCCUGAGUGCUCGCCACCAGGGGGCGACAGAAACCAACUGUGUCUGAGCGUACACUGCGUCAAGCUAGAAAUUAAUAGCACUAUAACGAGCGGAACAUUUUAACCUGUGUCUCAUCAAAAUAAAACUCCUUUCAACUCACUCACUCGCGACACUAUGUGACGGCUUUUAUUUUUAAAGCCCACACCGGAAGUAGUCCUUCUGGCUUUUAAUCAUUAUUGCAUGACUUUCUUUAUCCCCAGUUAUUCCGCCGUCGCUUCCUGAGGCUGUGGUGUUCCACAGUGGGUGGAGGACCUCCCUGCGGCCAGACGCGCUGCUCUGCAGACGCAGGACCGGACUGCUCCUUCACGUUGGCCGAAGCCUCUACAAACUCGGAUCAUGCGGUGCGCUCCGAGUAAAGGUUAGAGAGGUCGGACCUCUGCCGGACUCCCCUCCGGUCCAGUUGCGCCCUCUGCCCCAGUGGAGACCCUCCUUUUAAUACAGCCAGAAACCUCCGUAAGUCUAUCAGAUGGAUGCUUUACAAAAUGGAAAUAAGUACGGGGACGACUCGCAGAGCGCCAACGAGGAGGAGGAAGAAGUGGAUCCAAGAAUACAGGGGGAACUGGAGAAGUUAAACCAGUCCACGGAUGACAUUAACCGCUGGGAGAGCGAGCUAGAGGACUGUCGUCAGCGGUUUCGCACCGUGCUGGUGGAGGCGACGGUGAAGCUGGACGAGCAUCUGAAGAGGAUCGGACGACCCGUGGAGGAGUCCAAACCGUACUGGGAGGCACGCAGGAUAGCGAGACAGGCCCAGGUCGAGGCCCAAAAGGCCACGCAGGAGUUCCAGCGGGCAGUGGAGAUCCUGCGGGCGGCCAAGGAGACCAUCGCUCUGGCCGAGGAGCGGCUGCUGGAGGAGGACAGUCGCCAGUUCGACUCCGCCUGGCAGGAAAUGCUCAACCACGCCACACACAGGGUGGUGGAGGCGGAGCAGGCCAGAACGCGGAGCGAAGCCGAGCACAAGAAAACCGCAGCCAACUACCACUUGUGCAUCAGCCGCAUGAAGCAGCUGGAGAAGAAGCUCAAGCGCUCCAUCAACAAGUCCAGGCCCUAUUUUGAAUUCAAAGCCAAGUAUUACCAACAGCUUGAGCAAAUGAAGAGCCACGUGGACGAGUGCCAGACCAAAGUGACGACGGCCAAAGCGGAGUACCGCUCGGCGCUACGCAACCUCGAGAGCAUCUCCGAGGAGAUCCAUGCCCAGCGGCGCUCGCUCGCCAUGGGAACCAGGGAGCAGGGUGUGGGCGCGGAGGGCGACACCAGCCACGACGACAUCGCCAACUUCAAGAUGGAGUCGGACGGCCUGUCCAUGGUGUCAGUGUCAAUGGAGGAAGAGAGCGGUCACAGUAGCAGCUCAGAGGAGGAGGAGACCGACAUUCACUCCACAUCCUCGUCCCGAGCGACCCCCUCCACACCUUCCUCUUCCUCCUCACUUCCUUCCUCCUCUGCCUCCACCCCCCUCGACCUGUCCCGCCUCGUCGCUCCCGACUCCCACCUCUGCUCCACUCUCCCGCUCCCGGUCCUCUCCUCCUCCUGUCCCGGCGGCUUGGAGUUAGUGAGCACCUGUAGCUCUCAUGACCCAGACUCAGUGUGCUGCUCUGGGCAAGCCUCGCCUCUGCUGGGUCCUCGCAGCCAAUGCAGUGGAGCCUCCUCUCCAGACUGCGACCAGGAGAGAGGUGACAGGGCAGAGGGAGCAGAAGCCACGCUAGAAGCCAGUGUAAACAAACUCACCUUAACAGUGGCACAAGAACAAGAAGAAGGGAAUGAACAGGAGGGUCAUUACAGUAACCCUGAAAUCUCCUGAGCCCUAACCCUCAACACUACCGUUCUGCUACUAAACAGUGUCUAAUGACACUAACUGUGCCCAGCUUGAGGUCUCACAAACUGACUUAGAAGUAAAAAAGACAGAAUAAGCUGCACACUACAUUCUUUAACCGCCCAUGCAUUAUGUCACGAUAGGUGAAAUUAUAAAAAACACCAAUUGACCAUCCGAUAUCUUAUAAAUGAUGUCAAAUACUUUGUGAAACCAUGUUUGUGGACCGGUAACUAACCAGAGCACAAGUAGGGUGGACCGUGUUGACUACCAGUAGUAUUAUCAAUCCCAGUGUUAUUCAAAAGAUUAAAUUUCCCAUGAACCUUAACUUACCAUGUCACAAAUGUUAUCGCACUAGAUCUGUUUCUGUGCCAUAAAGAAAUUUCUUCCCAUGAUGUACAGCAAUAUGGUAAAUUUCCUGUCCUGGAACACAAUAGUCUCUCUAUAGCUUUUAAGUGAUGUGUUUAGUCUUAUAGAUGUUGAAAUGCUUCAGUUGGCUCCACUUUUGUGUUAUUGUGCACAAUGAGCAUAUUUUAUGGCUCUGAAUAUUAAUAAGAAUAAAAAUGGGAUCAAACAGGAUGUUUGAUAAUAAGAUAAGAUAAGAUAAGAUAAGAUAAGAUAAGAUAAGAUAAGAUAAGAUAAGAUAAACUUUAUUCAUCCCACAAUGGGGAAAUUCUUUUGUCUACUGCAGCAAGGAGACAUUAAACAGUAUAGCAGUAUGGAAGAACAGUAAAAAGAAUGGAUGGCAACUGUAUCAACUAUACAAGAAAAAAUAUCCAUUAAAUGUUUUAGGGAAAAAAAACCCCACUGAGUAUAAAAACAACGAUAGAACAACGUCUGAUGGCUGUGGGGAGGAAUGACCUGCAGUUGACAUUAAAUGGGAUCUUGUUACAUCUUUUGAAUUUAUCCAAAAACAUUUUGAUAAAAUUAAACAAGAAGUUUGUCACUUCCCUAGUUCUCAUAAAAGAAACUGGAGCAAGCAAUAAACCAUAAAAAGAGACGUAGAAUAACACUUCACAAUAGUCUUCCAUUGAUUUGUGAAUGAGUGAGCAAGUGAAUGUAUUGCAAAAUGAAAUUUUGUAUGUAUUGUAUGAAUGAUAUUUUUAAGUGUACAUCUGUUGUGUAUUUGAUAAAUGUUCAGCAAUGUCCUGUAGUCCAGAUACUCUAUAUUUAUACUCCUGUAUUCUUGUAUAUGAACAUUUUGUGUACUGUUGCAAUUAUUUAACACAAAACAAGCAAUAAACAUUUCCUUCAUGUACAACCCUCA